ACCUUUUUUUCCUCCUCUCAAAAUUUUGUCAUUUUCUUUAACACACAUGUCCAUUUCCAACCUUUGCCUAGUGUAUAAAGUGAAAGAUUAACUUAUGACUUUUGCCCUCAAUUUCUAGUGUAGAAUUUUUUUGAAAAUCCUACUCUUAUCUGAGAUUGCACAAAAGCUCAGAGAAACAUUGGAAAAUGAGGAGACCUUGUCAGCGUAUUUUCUUCUCCUUCAGCUCUCUGGGGCACAAGCUGUGUGUUCCCAUCCUGUGCCUGCCUGCCUAUGCCUGCCCUUAUGGAUAAGGAAGCCUGCGUGGGUACCAACAAUCAAAGCUACAUCUGUGACACAGGACACUGCUGUGGACAGUCUCAGUGCUGUAACUACUACUAUGAACUCUGGUGGUUCUGGCUGGUGUGGACCAUCAUCAUCAUCCUCAGUUGCUGCUGCGUCUGCCACCACCGUCGAGCCAAGCACCGUCUUCAGGCUCAGCAGCGGCAACAUGAAAUCAACCUGAUUGCCUACCGGGAAGCCCACAAUUACUCAGCGCUGCCAUUUUAUUUCAGGUUUUUGCCAAACUAUUUACUACCUCCUUAUGAGGAAGUGGUGAACCGACCUCCAACUCCUCCCCCACCAUACAGUGCCUUCCAGCUCCAGCAGCAGCAGCAGCAGCAGCUGCCUCCACAGUGUGGCCCUACAGGUGGCAGCCCCCCAGGCACUGAUCCCACCAUGGGUUCCUUAGGGGCACAGAGCAGCCCCUUGUCUGGACCCAGCAGAAGCAGCACAAGACCCCCAAGCAUUGCUGACCCUGAGCCCUCUGACCUGCCUGCCAACCAAGCAGCCACCAAAGCUCCUGGAAUGGAGUCCAGUGGUUCUGUGGCUGGUCUUGGGGAGCUGGACCCAGGGGCCUUCCUGGACAAAGAUUCAGAAUGUAAGGAGGAGCUGCUGAAGGAUUACAGCUCUGAGCAUGGCAGUGCACUCCCUGACAGCAAAGACAAGACCCCUGGGAGACAUCGCCGCUUUACAGGUGACUCGGGCAUUGAAGUGUGUGUGUGCAACCGAGGCCACCAUGAUGAUGACCUCAAAGAGUUCAACACACUGAUCGAUGAUGCUCUGGAUGGGCCCCUGGACUUCUGUGAUAGCUGCCACGUGCGGCCUCCCGGUGACGAGGAGGAAGGCUUCUGCCAGCCCUCCGAGGAUCAGGCUCGAGAACCUGGGCACCCCCAUCUGCCACGGCUGCCUACAUGCCUGCUGCUGAAUACCAUCAAUGAGCAGGACUCUGCAAACUCGCAGAGCAGCAGCUCCCCCAGCUAGAGCAGGCCCUGCCUAUUCCCAAGAAUUUGGCAAAGCAACCAGGGUUGGGGAGAACCACAAGAGAAGCAUUAAGUGACUUUCAGAGAAGGUGGUACAGCCACUUUGUCCUUUUUUAUUCCCCCCCCCCUGCAUUUUCCUACAUCUCCAGGUACAGUUCGGGGUGGAUGCCUCUUCCCCCACAAAAGCACAGUGUUGUGGAGGGCUGAGAAGUUGGCUCUGUAACUCAUUUUUCAUAACCCACUCCCACACCCUCUUUUUAAGUCAUAUCUCACCUUCCUGUUUGGGUCAGAUGUGUGUUUUAAAACCCCCAAGGAAGGAGGCUAAGACUGUGCCCUGAGAUAAUUCUUGGUAAUGGAGUGGAUUUAUGCUCUGAUUUUAGUUUGAAAGAACUUUGCUGUGUCUCAGUCCAGGAGAGGCAGCCCGUCUUGGCCUUGGGUGAAGAAGAAAGCCCACAGAGGCCCAGUAUUUGUGACCUGUGGCUGCCAAGGUCUGCAGAGCCAGAAUGAGGCUAAUAAGAUGUGGAACAGUGAGAGCUCAUGGGUAGUUGUAUGGUAGAUUGAUAGGGGGCUUGUUGAUCUCUCAGAUUCCAGGUGACAACAUAGAUGCACUUUGCGCAUCUUUGAGGGGCACCUUCCUAGCAGGCUCUGGCUGGCUGUAGGCUGGUUCAGGUAUAGAAAAUUAUUAUAUCUUCUCUUUGAUUUUUCUUUUAAAAACAACAAAAGAGAGCUGAAAACAAGAAUCUUAACAGUGAGCAUGUACGAAUUCUGGGAAAGGAAAGUUUGUGGCUCUUUCCCAAGUUGACCUUCAAAGAUCCUGGCUGCAGCAGCACCUAUGGCUCAAGGAGUAGGGCGCUGGCCCCAUAUGCUGUGGGUGGCGGGUUCAAGCCCAGCCCCAGCUAAAACUGUAAAAAAAAAGAUCCUGGCUGCAGUUGAACCAGAAGAGAAGUAUUUUGUGUGAAGGCUUAGAUGGGGGCUAUCUUUGGGAUGUCUAUGAGCAGGACGCCCCAGGGACAGUGGGGAAAGGUACAGCUUUCUGCAUCUUUGCCUUCCAAUCUGUGCCCACAGGUGCCCGGCACCAGCAAAGCAUAUGCUCUGCUGGCCUUUGUGUCUCACUGUUCCAUGUAAACAAAUGGACUGAGGAAGCUGUGGGUCCCAAGGAAGGGCAACCCCAUAGCCUGGCUCUCUCACACAGUAUUUUGCCUUUGAUUUUGAAUAAUUUUUCUUUUUCUUUUGUGGUGGUGGUGGUUAUUUGUUUUAAACUGACCACUUGGAAGAAAUACCUGAGUUAUCUGUGGUUUUCAUGCCUUGUCCCUACCACUUCUGAGUGGGGCAACUCAUUUUUCUGUAGCCAAUGUAGAGUGUAAGUGACCUGGGUAGGAGGAUGAAUGCAGCUGUCCAGAAGGCCUGCAGGAUCCUUAUGACUGUUGUUUGGCUUUAGGUAACCAGUUGAGCUUUGAUAGGAAUAAUCUAAAUGGAGAAAGCAAACAGCCGAAACUAACAUUCCCCAUUCAGCCCUAUUCAUAUGAAGAGUUUGGUUCUUCCCCCACUCUUAAAUGAUGAUAUUCAGACCAGGUAUUGAUAUAUGGUAAGAAAGGAAGAAAAAAGAAAUAUAUAUAUAUAUAUCCAAAAACAGACAAAUCAAAGGCUGUGAGACGAACAAGUGUCUGCAUUUAGAUUCCCCAAAACCAAAAUCCAUGUUGAACAAAGUGAAGUCCAUACACAGUGACUUUUUGGGUGACCCAUGUAUGUGUGUGUCUGUUGUGUGUGAGCCCCAAGCCCUGUUUUCCUGUGAAGAUACUUUGAGUGGCAGCCAUUCUGUUCACGUGAACCACACGUCUGGAGCACAGAUGGCCCUCUCAAGGUAGUUUAUUUUACACAUUUACUGUUUACUGAACAAAUGUCUGACUGCGUACUCGGGUGUAUUCAGUAGCAUUGUCAACGGCAGUCCCCCUUUGUUUGCCAGAGAUACUGUGCUCAAAGUAGAGGUUUUACUCUGCUCAUCACUGCAAUUUGCACAUUGCUCCAUGGACACUCAGAGGCCUGUGUUCCCUACAAAUGGAAACGUGCUCUGAACCUGUCUGCCUCCCUCUGCUGCUCCUGCCCCUCGGUAUCAGCUUAUGGGGAUGUCCACAACCACUUGGGACAGAAGGCAAAAGUAGAAUUUCAUACAGAAGCUUGAUUGGAUCUUCAGUGACAAGCUUACACUACCUGUGGCCCAGACAUCAGCCCUGCCCAGAAUUGCCAGGAGGAGGUUUUGGCAGACACCACAGGCACCGCAGGACCUACCUCCCUCUGCUGAAUCCAGAUGACACAAGCAAGCUGGUGUGUGGUCAGAGCUAGCCAGAGUGUGUCAGCAGUCCUCAGAUGCCUUUCCUUCCAGCUUUUUAAAAGAAAAUCCAAAUAACUCACUGAAGUGUCUCAAAGAAGAACAAGUUUUACCAAAAUGAAUCCUUCUUCAGUUAACUAUCAAAUGGGUGAACUCUGACCCUCUCAAGUUUCUUUCCCCAGUUAAAGUGGGGAACCAGCCUGAGUUUAACCAUUGGAUUUACUGCAGCAUCCUACCCUGAAGGCAUGAGGAGAUGAAAAUGCAAGCUGCAGGGCUGGCCUCUAUUCCUGAAGGCAGUCUGGCUCUGCCAGAAGAGGCUACCCUGCUCAAAAAGAUGGGAAUAGGAUGGAAGGAAUAGUUAAGGGGCCAAGGAGAUUUGCUGGAGUCUGGUUUUCCAGGUGAAUGAGAAGGAAGGGAUUGGUUGAGGGUUUGGUGCUACAGUCAGAAGAUUUGCAAAUGCUAACACAUUCCUGUGUGAGGCACAUCACCAUUUGUCAGUUAUUGUGAAUAUGUGUAUUUUAAGCAAUAAGAUUCAGCUGGUCAGACUUUUCUGGGCAGUCCCAGUGACGCAUUUCCUGUGCUGUGAUUGUUCUGAAGACAGAGUGGCUCUAACCACUGUGAGAAGCCCAAAUAAAAAUUGAUCCAAAAAUUCCUGAA